AUGGCGGACUCACUGACGAUGCCGGCGAAACGUCUUGGAAUAUGUGGUGAAGAGUCUGAUUUUAGGCUCAACGAACAAUGUCGAGAUGAGCCUAAUCAGGACCUUGUCAGUUGUUCUGCUUCUGACUGCCCUAAAACCUAUCACAUUGCCUGCUUAAACAUUGACAAACGGCCAACA